AUGGACCAAAGGAGCUUGGAUUUUAUCAAGGACAAUCCUAUCGGUAAUGGUCUUGAUGACUUCCACGCUUCUUUCAAGGAGAUAUGCGAAGGCCGGAGCGUCUCCUUCACACCAGACGCGCUUCAGCUUCUUGGUCAAGAAGGUCUCCGGAAACUUGUGCUUGCUUUUCUUUCUGUGGCGCAAAAUUUUCCUGCAGCCCGUCUGCUUCCCGCUGGAACAGGUCGUGGCACACUCCGCAGCGAUCUUUUGCGGCUGGAACUCUCCCUCGACUCUGACGACUUCGACCUCGAUUGCAUUCAACCUCUCCUGAGAGUAGCUCUCGCCGAUAAACCCGACGACACAAGUAUCUGGAAUCAAGUUUACAACGCCGUCACCGAAUCAACUCCACCUCCCCGACCGGUAGCCUCCUCUAUACAACAAACCCCAUGGCGACUCAACACCAGCAGCUUCGCGAACUCGUCCGAACCUCGCAAAUAUGUGGAUGGGGUGCUUAAGGAGGAGCUUGGCCCAAUGUAUGUUGGGCUCCGCAGCUUCUACAACACAUACUUUGGGCGAGUGACCGAUCUUGAGAUGACAUCCGAGGCAUUCUUCGAGAUGUGCCAGGAAGGCGGCGAGCCACUCUUUGACAACGGCUGGACGGGAUGGCCAGAAGAUGCGAAGCAAGAGGAUGUGCUGAGCUGGUUUGCAGACUUUAGCGAGAAGCUGGCAAAAUUUGCAGAGGGCAAGACCUCAGUACCGACACGUCAGCGAAGACCAUUAGCGAAACCGAACAAGACGAUCGAUGGUUCUAUAGGGAAACGGAAGAUGGACGUUGGUUUUGUGAACGAUCCUGAGGCAGGGAAGGAAUCCAGAUGCCAUUGGUCCCAGGUCCUCGUACCAGGAGAGCUCAAGAGCAACCGUGCCGCUGAUAAAGCCUCAGAAGCAUGGCUUGAUCUUGGGAGGUACGCAAGGGAAGUGCUUGCUGCUCAGGACACUCGUCACUUCGUACUAGGCUUUUCUAUUUGCGGAUCUCUUAUGAGGGUAUGGACGUUUGACCGGCUUGGGGCCGUCGCAUCCGAGCAGUUCGACAUUAACGAAGAUGGACUGCGAUUUGUGUGCACAAUCCUCGGGUUUCUCUGGAUGAACGAGGAGCAGCUGGGGUUCGAUCCGACCGUUAUAACAGCAAAUAAGGAGCGCUUUAUUGAAAUCAUCCGAAACGGUUCAACCGAGCGAAUCAUUAUCGACGGGGUGAUGCAGCGCGCACGUUGUAUAGCUGGCCGGGCGACGACUUGCUGGAAAGCCCAUCGAGAAGGGAGGCCAGAGAUGCCACUUGUUAUCAAGGAUUCGUGGCAGUUUUCAGAACGCGAUGAAGAAGGAGAAAUGUUACAAGAAGCGACUGGCAAAGGCGUUGUUAACGUGGCCCGGUACUACCACCACGAGACAGUUACGGUUCACGGGAUGGAUGACGAGAUUCGGGGCAAUAUUCGAAGAGGACUGGACAUCACAAGAGCGUCAAACUACAGGCGUGAACGUCCGACUCGGUCGAACAACAACCCUGCUGGCACGUCGCGGAAUGGCCGCUACAGCAGCCGGAAGCGGUCAUCUAGCCAAACCGGCGCUUCUUACCCUCCCAGCAAGCGAUCCUGCUCCAUGUCUCCAACCAAGUCUGCCAGUACCCUACCAAAUAGGGUACAUCGACGUGUCAUUUUGAAAGACUAUGGAAGGCCGAUAUACAAGGCGAGCUCCCGGUCGGCUCUGCUUGCUGCUCUUGAGGGCUGUAUCAAGGGACACGAGUCCUUACACAAGGCAGGCUUCUUGCACAGAGAUAUCUCAAUCAACAAUCUCAUGAUUAACGAGGACAAUGACAAUCCCUCCUGGCCCUCAUUUCUAAUCGAUCUGGACCUUGCUAUCAAAGUGCAGCGAGAAGGUGCUUCAGGAGCAAAGGGAAAGACCGGCACGAGAGCAUUCAUGGCUAUUGGUGCACUUCUAGGCGAGCAACAUUCUUUCAUGCACGAUCUAGAGUCAUUCUUCUGGGUAUUGUUCUGGGUAUGCAUCCACUACAACGGUCCGGAUGAGAGUAGGGUCGUCCGAGAAUUCGAUGAGUGGAACUCUGUUGGAACGGGGGAGCUAGCAAAGCUAAAAAAAGGGCAAGUAUCUCAUGAAGGGGACUUUAUCACGGCUGCAGAGGAGAAUUUCACUGUUACGGAAAGCGGUGUUUCCGAAUGGUGGGAGAUGGGAAAAAGAUGA